AUGAGCAGUGAGUUUACUUUCAGCAUUGCUGGUGACCGCCCACAGUUCGACGAGGGAUUUACAAACGAUUACUUAGCAAUGAAAUCAGAAAAAGAGCCAAAGUAUAAACAACAAAGAACUCCAUAUUCUCAAAGCCCAAAGAAAUACAAUAAAAACGAUAAUUUCAAGGUAUAUAGAACAACAUCAGGUCAAAUUAAUGACAAUUCUACUCAUAAAUUUGACGAAUAUACAAAUCAUAAAUCUCAAAAACCUUAUAACAAGUCAUACUAUCAUAACGAUAAUAAUGGAAUUGCAAGGCAGCAUUCAACUGACUUCACUCCUAGAUUAGGAAAAAAGAGUCAGCCAAAUCCUGCACUUAAGCAGCCUGACCCACCAAUUGUACCUCCAAGAUCAACACCAGAGAAUACUAAUGAUGGUUCUGCAAUUCGUUCAUUUAAUCCUCGGCCAUUAAAUCAACAGUCUGAACAUGCACCUCAAACACAGACUGAAAUCCCACAAACAUCUCCAAAGCGCGAGGAUACAAAGCAGAACAAGUCUCAAUUGGAAUUUCCAAAAGAAAGUGGUCAGCAAUAUUCUCCAAAUAAGAACUUCUCUCCAAAACCGAAAGCCCUUAGUACACCAAAAGAUAAAAAGCUAUCGAAGUCAAACCAAACAAAAUCUUCAACUGGAGCUUUGGAUAAUCUCUUUCAAUGA